CUCUCUCUCUCUCUCUCUCUCUCUCUCUCUCUCUCUCUUUUGCCUUGGCGUCUUCGUAUACGUCUUUGGCACAAACUCAUUCUCACUCUCUCUUUCUCCGUCAUCUUAUUUGCUCAAAAAAAGAAAAAGAAAAAAGAAAGUGAAAAAUGAGAGAGUGCAUCUCAAUUCACAUCGGUCAGGCUGGAAUCCAAGUGGGUAAUGCCUGUUGGGAGCUUUACUGCCUUGAACAUGGCAUUCAGCCUGAUGGACAAAUGCCCAGUGACAAAACCGUGGGAGGUGGAGACGACGCCUUCAAUACUUUUUUCAGCGAAACCGGUGCCGGAAAGCACGUGCCACGCGCCGUGUUCGUGGAUCUUGAACCCACCGUCAUUGACGAGGUGAGGACCGGUACUUACCGUCAACUCUUCCACCCGGAGCAGCUCAUCAGCGGCAAAGAAGACGCCGCAAAUAAUUUCGCCAGAGGCCAUUACACAAUUGGGAAAGAGAUCGUGGAUCUCUGCCUUGACCGAAUCAGAAAGCUAGCGGAUAACUGCACAGGGCUUCAAGGGUUUCUGGUAUUCCAUGCCGUUGGUGGUGGGACUGGCUCUGGUCUCGGAUCUCUGCUCCUCGAGAGGCUCUCUGUUGACUACGGAAAGAAAUCAAAGCUUGGAUUUACAGUUUAUCCAUCACCCCAGGUCUCAACCUCAGUUGUUGAACCUUAUAACAGUGUCUUGUCCACCCACUCUCUUCUGGAGCACACCGAUGUUGCCGUUCUUCUUGACAACGAAGCAAUCUACGAUAUCUGCCGUAGAUCCCUUGACAUUGAGAGACCCACUUACACUAAUCUCAACAGGCUUGUUUCUCAGGUCAUUUCUUCUCUUACAGCUUCGCUCCGUUUCGAUGGUGCCCUGAAUGUGGAUGUGACAGAGUUCCAGACCAAUCUUGUCCCAUACCCACGUAUCCAUUUCAUGCUUUCUUCAUAUGCACCUGUCAUUUCUGCUGAGAAAGCCUACCAUGAGCAACUCUCGGUGGCCGAGAUCACCAACAGUGCUUUCGAACCGUCUUCCAUGAUGGCCAAAUGUGAUCCUCGCCAUGGAAAAUACAUGGCCUGCUGUUUGAUGUACAGGGGUGACGUGGUUCCGAAAGAUGUGAACGCUGCCGUGGCCACAAUCAAGACCAAGAGGACCAUUCAGUUCGUGGAUUGGUGCCCAACAGGGUUCAAGUGUGGAAUCAAUUACCAGCCUCCGACCGUGGUUCCUGGUGGAGACUUGGCCAAGGUUCAGAGGGCUGUGUGCAUGAUCUCCAACUCGACCAGUGUGGCUGAGGUGUUUUCGAGGAUCGACCACAAGUUUGAUUUGAUGUAUGCUAAGCGGGCUUUUGUGCAUUGGUAUGUUGGUGAAGGUAUGGAGGAGGGAGAGUUUUCGGAAGCUAGGGAGGACCUGGCUGCUUUGGAGAAGGAUUAUGAGGAAGUUGGUGCAGAGUCUGCGGAAGGGGAGGAUGAUGAAGGUGAUGAAUAUUAGGCUUUAAUUGCUUAGCUUGGUUGGUUCAUUGCGAGUGGUUACUUGUUCUGCCAAUGGUCUCAUUGGUUUGUAACACAUAUUAUUAGUCAGUAUUUCCUUUCUUGUUUUGCUUGAAUAUUUCUCGUACAAUGAAUGGUUUGGUUUAUAUAUUA